CGACCGUCGGCUGCGACACGCCGCGCCGGCCGUCGGGCGUCAGAAGGCAGUCUGUUUGCGAGCUGUGCUGGGCGGAGUGGCAGUGCUGGGCCGUGACGCUCUCCACUGCAACUGGAGAGGCCUCCGGGACACACCAAUCAUCAUCUCGGAGCCGCCGCUGACAGCUGUAUUAGCGGCCGGCGCCAUCACCAGGGGUCAUCGGUCGGUGGUGACCGUCCCGACCGGGCAUUGGUCGGCGGUGACCGAUCCGGUCAGCGGUGGCACUCGAACAGUGGACGCUCCGACACAGACCCCAACUAUGGUCGGCGUGACGACUCGUCACCCAAAUGCGAGCUUUGUGUAAUGUCAGUGCGCAAUCAGGGGAGUAGUGAGCUGUAGCAAAGACAACCAAUUUGACACCACUGUUCCUAUGGAAGCCCGUCGACAGCCAGAGCUUUCUUCUGCCACAGAAGACGCGUUCUUCACGUUGCGAAGUUCAUCUGCUGGCCGUUGGUCAUGCCGAAGAGCCUGCACAGGGCGGUGCCGCCGAAGGGCGCGGGCUUGGCCAGGGUCGGCUGGUGCGCUCCCGGGUCUGCUGAAGCGGCCGUGACCUCUCGGUCCUCCAGUGAUGGUUGGCACCAGGCGCGGUGGCACCGACUCCAGCAGGCACGUCUCUGGGGCUACCCGCCGGCGACAGGCGAUACAGGCGGCAUGCGCGGAGGCGACAGCUCAGGCGGAGACGGUGGCGCUGGCGGAGGCGGCAGCGGGCCGGGCGGAGCGCGAGCUGCGCAGGGAGAACGCCCGGCUACACCGGCAGCUGACGGCGGUCCGAGGACAGUACCGGCGGCUGGAGGGCUUCGUCAGCGAGCUGGAGCAGCUGGCCGUGGCCGCAGACGGAGUGCACAAAGGCAGGGACAGCGGCCCGGGGCGGAAAAUAUCAGUGGGAGAUGGAGGGAAGUGCAGAUCGGCGACGGCAUCUGGUGAAGUCAAAGGGAUCUCGUCAAGAAACCACUCGACUACAGUCCUCGAAAACCACAUUACUUUUGCAGAGCUUAAUCAGAAUCAGGACCCAAUCCUGUUCAGAGGACUGAAAAAGCAGUCAGUUUUGGCUGGCUCACUCUCAGAUCAUCAGUCCAGUAUAGAGCUGUCUGCGCCGCCAAUCUCUUCCGAGCCCUGGCCACAUUUCAGCCAGCCCAGUCUGGAGCAGCUACAAGAAAUGGUGCAGCUCAUUCAGUCAGACCGAGACGCUGCCGCCGCUGCCGCCCUGCAGCCGCCUGCUCCGUCCCCGCUGCUCUGUCGGACAGUACCGCCCGAGUUUUACGCCGAGCGAAGCCUGGUCCGCUACCGUCGGCCGCCGGUCCUGGUGCGCUUACAGCCCGUCCAACAGCACCAGGUCAGCUUCAACACCAGUGGACAAGUAGCUCUGCGUGCGCUGACCGCUGUCCAGGUGGCUGACGAGCUGCACCGCCAGCUGCCGCCGCCGCUGGUGCAGCAGCUGACCGGGGUACGCGUGCUGACAGACGCGGUGUACAUCAGCACGGCGACGGCGGACCAGGUGGCCGCACUGCUGCGCUGUCGGCUGACGGUGCGCGGUCUGCCUGUGACACUCCGCGACGAGAGUGACGCAGCGCACGUCCUGCUGCUAACUGGUGUGCCUCACUAUGUUGGCGACGCUGGCGUGCUGGCGGUGGCGGCAGCGUUCGGCACCCCGCGCGGUCUGCCCGAGAGACGCAUCUACCGCGGGGUGGCCACCGGCGAGCGACUGGUGCGGCUGAGACUGAACGACGACACCUCCAACCGCCUGCCGCCCGGCCUGACGCUCGCCGGGCUGCGACUGACGUUGCGCCUGCUGCCCAUCGACCAGCUGGAUAGCCUGCCUUUGGACGCGUCUGAGGCGCCGCCGACAGUCCGACCACCGGACGGUCUGCCCCGAUCGCCUCCGCCGCGCUACAGCCAGGCAGUCUGUGAUGGGCCGGGUAGAGGUCCUGGAGCCCCCAGUGAGGAGACUCUGGUGAAGAGAGUGAUAGAGAGUGUCCCCCGCACGCCGUCGGCCGACCAGCCACGCUGGGCUGAGCGGCCGGCAGCAACGGCACCCACCAGGGAACGAGCCCCUCACCAGGCCGGGUACCCUGUGUGGCCCCUGCCGGAGGUAGACCACCUUGCGUCGUCACUCGGCGUCCUGCUGCUGGCGCGACCUCAGACCAACGGGAGCCUCGUGUACCAGUCGCCGGACGGCAGGGAUGCCGCACGAGCCGGGCGCAGGGAGACAGCCGAGUGGACUGUUCGCGCCGCCAGCCCGGGGCCAUCAGCUCGGCUGGAGCGACGGCCCCGUCCGGGUCUCCGCGAGCUCGACAUGUCUCUGGAGCAGCUCAGUAGCGUAAGCAGCGGGCGCAGCGACGCUGGAGAGACGGAUGACUCGGUGUCUCCGCAGGACGGCUCCGAGCUGCCCUGGUGCGGCUGCUGGGGUAACGGCUGCUUCUGAACGCUUCCCAGGUGACCAGAGAACAUUUCACUCAGAGCGCGUCGGCCUGGGGCCCAGUGUGGGCGCCGUCUCUCUUCGAAAGGCUACAGACCGGGGCCUGUGAGCCACCACAUGAGGCUAAUGUGAAUCUGGGAACUGCACGUGCAGGGGCUGCACGUGUACCUUUGGCACGUGCAGGAGCGGGACCCAUGCGAGCUAGUCGCGGCAGCGUACCAGAGCCUGUGAAAGGCCGAGUGCCGACCGGGCUGUGAUCUGUGAGCUGCCCGAGUCCGUCAGGUCCGGCGACUUUGUCACAAUUUAAAUCACACAACACAUGAACGAGUACUGUGCUUCCAGGAGAACGGACAUGGCUAAAAAGGGUAAUUUUCCUUGGAAUGCGAUGUAAUAUGUAAAUUGGUCUACUUUGAAUCGCAUCUCAUGUAACAAAUAUCAAGACAUUCCAUACGUACCUAAGCUAUACCUAUAAGUGUACAUUUAUAAAUGCUUAGAUACUUCACAUUAGUUUUAUGAUAAUGUGAAUUGAGAUGUAGUGAUAGUCAGCCGUCAGGUGCAGCUCUUCUAACUGACUAUGUCUUACACUGCAACGCUAGCGAAACAUG